AGAAAUGAUUUAUCUGGGAAUCCCCUCAGGCCAGAUAUCAACGCAAUAGGUACUCAUUAAUGAGUGAAGGAUCAAAAGGUGAGACGUGGCCAAGAAGCAAUGGAGAAUAAAAGCUUAGACGGCUCGCCAUCAGAUCUAAAGUUAGUGGCUCAUCCAAGAGCAAAGAGUAAAGUAUGGAAGUACUUUGGAUUUGAUACCAAUGCAGAAGGAUGCAUAUUACAGUGGAAGAAAAUCUAUUGCCGCAUUUGCAUGGCCCAAAUUGCCUAUUCAGGAAACACAUCCAACCUUUCAUACCACCUUGAGAAAAAUCACCCUGAUGAGUUCUGCGAAUUUGUGAAAAGUAACACUGAGCAAAUGAGGGAAGCGUUUGCUACUGCAUUUUCAAAACUGAAGCCAGAAUCAUCACAGCAGGUUGUUCAAGACACUUUAAUUAUGAAGACCAGCCACAAUUAUGAAAACAAAAAGCAUCAAGAACUGACUUCUGCUGUGAUUAGCCUAAUUUGUGAGGGCAUGUAUCCUUCCUCUAUUGUUGAUGAACCCACAUUCAAGGCACUUUUGAGAACAGCUGAUCCUAGAUAUGAACUUCCUAGCAGGAAAUAUUUCUGCACAAAAGCAAUUCCUGAAAAAUACAAUGCUAUUAGAGAAAUUGUGUUAAAAGAACUUACAGAAAUUCUAUGGUGUGGCAUUUCCACUGACAUGUGGAGAAGUGAAAAUCAGAAUAGAUCAUAUGUAACACUUGCAGUUCAUUUUCUCAACAGUAGCCCUUCUAACUGUCUGGCUGUUAACUCCCGGUGUUUAAAAACGUUCGAAGUGCCAGAGGAAAAUACUGCAGAAACAAUUACACGUGUCCUUUAUGAAAUUUUUAUUGAAUGGGGGAUCAAUACAAAAGUCUUCGGUGCUACAACAGAUUAUGGCAAAGACAUUGUGAAAGCUUGCUCUCUCCUAGAUAUUCCAGUACAAAUGCCUUGUUUGGGACAGACUUUUAAUGCAGGAAUACAACAAGCUUUUCAGCUUCCAAAACUGUGCAGUCUCCUUUCCAGGUGCCGAAAACUGGUGGAGUAUUUUCAGCAGUCCUCAGUAGCAAUGUACAUGUUAAGUGAAAAGCAGAAGCAGCAAAAUAUUCUUCACUGCAUGCUUGUAAGUGAUCGUGUUUCCUGGUGGGGAAGCACACUUGCCAUGUUGCAGCGUCUUAAAGAGCAGCAGUUUGUAAUUGCAGCUGUUCUUGUGGAGGACAGUAAUAACCACCAUCUCAUGUUGGAAGCCAGCGAAUGGAAUACAAUUGAAGGCUUGGUGGACCUACUUCAGCCCUUUAAACAAGUUGCUGAGAUGAUGUCUGCUUCAAAAUAUCCAACAAUAAGUAUGGUGAAACCCCUCCUCCACAUGCUUCUAAAUACCACGUUGAACAUCAAAGAGAACGAUUUGAAAGAAAUUAGCAUGGCCAAGGAAGUGAUAGCCAAAGAAUUGUCAACAACAUACCAGCAUACACCUGAGAUAGACAUGUUUCUCAAUGUUGCAACUUUUCUGGACCCCAGGUACAAAAAACUACCUUUCCUUUCAGCAUUUGAACGUCAACAGGUAGAAAACAGAGUGGUGGAGGAAGCAAAAGGCCUUUUGGAAAAAGUAAAAGAAAACACAUUCAGACCUGAAGAAAAGUUCUUCACGGUAUCAGAAGAGCCACCUGUAAAAAAAAUAAUAAUCUCUUCUACCCCUCCCCCUACCAGCGCAAUCAAUAACAUGCUUGCAGAAAUCUUUUGCCAGACAGGAGGAGUGGAAGACCAAGAGGAGUGGCAUGCUCAGAUUGUAGAAGAGUUGAGCAACUUUAAGUCGCAAAAGGUUCUUGGUUUAAAUGAAGACCCACUUAAGUGGUGGUCUGACAGACUAGCAUUAUUUCCUGUUUUACCAAAGGUACUUCAGAAAUAUUGGUGUAUUCUGGCCACAAGAGUCUUCCCAGAACGCCUUUUUGGUUCUUCUGCUAAUGUUGUAAGUGCUAAGAGAAACCGGUUAGCCCCAGCUCAUGUUGAUGAGCAGAUCUUUUUGUAUGAAAACACUCGCAAUGUAUCUGAAGCAGAACCUGAAGAUGAGGAUGAAGGCGAGUGGGGCUUGGAACAGGAACAGAUUUUUAAUUUAAAUGACACAGGAAAUGUAAGCAGCAAUUUCUUUAAUAUCCGAGACAGUGGGUUCAUUUAACAGGAGUACUAUGGUAUAUUAAAUAACAAAGAAAAGAUAUUUGUCUUGUUACCAAAAAUAAUUCUGUUUUGAUUAUAUGAAUACUGUAAAUAUUGAACAAAUGUAACAAACUUGGUUUAAGCAUCCAUUGUAAAUGUGUUGCCCACUAUUUUAAAACAUGAUAGACUUGUGGUUAUACAGCACUGAUAUGAACAAGGAAAAAAUCUUUAAAGACCAUGACUCCUGACUCAGGCCCCAAUUCCAGGAAAGCACUUAUGCAUAUGUAUAAUUCCUUCCUGUUUACUUCAAAUGGGAGUUGAAUGUGCUUAAGUGUUUUCUGUAAUGUUUUUUUCCCUCUCAAUCUGGACCCUAAAUAAAGACGUUUUAAAGAUGUACAGGUCCACUUUUGAAGGCAACAUAUGGGUUAGGAUUUCAGAGUUUUAAAUUUCUAAAAUGAUUUUAAAAUCCAUAAGUCAGAUCGUCAGAGACUCUCACAAAAAUAUUGGGAAAAGAGCAAACAAUAAAUAUCUUUGCGCUUGAUUUUUUUUCACUACCUCAUAACUUUUGGUCUAGUCUACUCUGAGUUCUACUAUUAUAAUUACAUCAAUUAGGUUGUGUGAUUUGUAAUUAUACUGAUAUACCUUAUUUUGCCAGUAUGCCUGCAUCCUCACUGAGGGAUAUUUUGUCACUUAAUCACACUAUUACAGUGGUAAAACUUUUUAAUGUAGGUGAGCUCUGAUGUCACCCCUUACAUUUGUAUUAGGUAGGUGGAAAUCACAACCACAUCAGAACUGUGGCAUUUUACAUUCACUUUGUGUGACCACGCAAAGCGGAAAAUUGGGUCCCUGAAGGAUGGAAGAAGUAGAGAGAUUAGAAAACUGCAAGGACCAUAGGUGCAAUGUGUUUUUAUUAGUUUUCAUUCAACUUUGUUCUAAUUUGAAUUGGGACUUUGUCCAGGGAGUUAGAAAGAUCAUUUGUAGAAAGCCUUUCAAAAAAGUAAGCUUUAAUUUUGUGUAAAUGUAUUUAAUCAGGGAAAAAAAUCCUCACACAAGUUGUUAGACUUUGAUAAUGUUUCCUGUCAUGUCAGCACUUAUAAAUUUCCUUUUAUCCUGUGUCCCUUUAGAGUCAGUUUGUAGAGGGCUUUGGUCUGGCCCACCUCAUUACUUGUUCUGAUUAAUCGUUAUGUGUACUGUAGUAGCUCCCCUUAUGUCUCUAUGCCUAAACAUUUUAAGUUUUUUUGAGUAAUUUAGCAACAUAAAAUAAUGAAAUAUAUUGCAUCUCUUAGGAAGAGCUACAUGUCUUAAAUAAGUCUCUACUCUUCUUUUUUGGCUGAGAGUGAGGAGGCAUUCAGCAUAUUUUUGUUAUGCACAAGGGGACUUUUGGAACAACCAUAUUUUAGGCAAAGGUUGUUUUUGUUGUUUUUUCAUUUGUUUAUUUCCCAAUUGGUAAUGUCCUGGGACUAUCACUUUUACCAAAUAAAUAGAAUACAAUUUUUAUUACUCUGCAGUGUAGCUUAAAGGUAUAAGUGGUAUGCCCCCUAAAAUUCUGUGUAUCAUGAGCUCUUGGAAAUCAUUCAGUUGUUGCAGAGAUCAGAGACAUUCACUCUGUUGUACUAGUCUCACUGACUAGCCUAUAAAAUGCAUGUGUACAUAUAGCCCUCAGAGACUGAGGUGAUGGACAGCAGUAUAAAAACUUAACACAGUGUAUAUGUGUGCGUGAUUGUCUUAUGCAACACUGGUAUGGAGAGAGAUCAACCAGAGACUGACUGUCCAGUGUAUUAUUAUGGUAUGGCUAUAUUUGGAAUUGAUAAUCAUAGAUGUUCCGGUUUUAAGGGGCUCGUCAAAAAUAACACAAAAAUGAGAUUUUCAGUGAUAUUUAUUCUGUUUCACUUGUACUACUACCAAGCUGUGUGUGUUUAUAUUUUGUUUGUACAGUUCUCACCAAUUAAUGCACAGUAUGAUCAUUUGGCAGUAGAUGGGGAAGGAUAUUAGAAUUAUGAAACAAAUAAAAUGGUGUAAAUUAUUGGCAGGUUUUAGUUAAUGAAAAAUAAAUGUAAAUGGUGAUGUGACUUGUAAAGAUUUAGCAUUCAAUGGCACAAUUCUUCACUGUCCUGCAUUUUAUAUAAUUAUUUAUACUUUGGUAAAGUGUGUGUAAAAUGCACCAUUCUUAUAUGGUGUCACUGUAUAUCUACUUUGCACGGGUGUAUAUGACUAUGCAAGGUGCAAGGCUAUAGGAGAUUGGACCCAGAGAAUGUGCAAAAUGUGUAGCUUGGAAGUGUAGCAGGCUAGCCCCAUUGGUUAACUGGUUAACCUGUCAAAUCCCUACUAACUGGAGGGAGGAUGCUAAAGUAAGCCUCUUAGUUGAUUUUCUUUUUAAACCUUUUUCAGUGUGUAAGUUGUUUUGCACACUGAAUGCCAAGAUUAUGUAGCUUACCCUACCACAUCAAUUUUCAGAGUAAUUUUAACCAGUUUGUUACCUGCCGAAUUUGUCCCCGAAAGGAACUGACAUUGUUAACCCAGUUAUUAAUUUGUGUCAAGGUUGAGUCCCAGCACUGCUAGGGUUGACAGUUCAUAUCCCCAGCACCUCAGGGCUUACCACAAAAAGUAUGAAUGUAAAAAAAAAAUGGUUUGAGCCCCAGCUCCCCCUAUUUAUUUGAUAUCUGGCACCUCUUUCAUUACAAAUUAAGCACUGUGUUAAUGCCAGAGGCUUGAAUAUCUUCUUACGCUACUGUAUUAGGAGUAUCUUUGCUGAAAACAGUGGAGUUACACCAGUGUAAAAGAAAAAAUCAGCCUCCCCAAGUCUGAGCCAAUCUGUUUUGGUAAUCUCCAUUCCUAUGUGGGCCAUCUGAAGGCUAAAAUUAUCAUGCAGUGCAUCUUGUUUCCUCCCCAAAUCGGUUUGACCAAUACCAGUGCAGUGCACUAUUCUGCUCCUUCUAGUUUUUUAAUUUUUGGUAUCCAAAAUAAAAUUAUAAUUGGUUCAAUUGACAUGUCUCGUUCUAAGACAAAACCAUUGUUAGUUCUACCCAUUGUCUGUGAGUUUUUAUUUAAUGUGCUAAGCUUGGAAUAUUGUUAAAUAACCAGAGAAAUAAAUUAGCUACUAAUUUAUUUGUCUGAUGUGUGUUCAUCUCUUCAGCACUUUGACAUUGAACUCUUCAGCAAAAAGGAGAAAUGGUAUUUCAGGUUUAUCAAAGUAUCCAUGACCCUUUUAUUCUGAUCCUUUAACUUACUUAUGUAUACCAUACAAAUAUAUCUGGAUUAAAAUAUGUUGAAAUCAA